CAAAUCGUAAAACAUCAAUACAAAUAAUUCAAAAUACGUAAAAUUUCGCGAGAAACUUCUGCUGCCCAGUGCUGGUGUCGUAGCAGGCAGCUUUUGGGGGCCAUUUGCUAAAUUGAAAUCAGCUGGCAGCUGAGACGUAAAUAAAUUUACGUAAAUAACAGUAAACAGUCCGAAUUAUCACAGAAACCGAUGGCACUGCGCGGUUCCCACCGGCUGGACGAUUUCAUCCGGCGCUGCAGUGCGCUCACCCUGUUCCACAGUCAGGCUCCCAGCCGGAGAGUGAGCCACUGCGGCAGGGAUCGGCGGCAACAGCAGGACCCGCCGGGACAGGGCCGUCAGGAGCAGCAGGAGAGCGGCGGCGGACACUGGAGCAGGUUCGGCUGGCGCAGUCUGAUCCGUUUCUUCGUGCCCUUCUCUCUCGGGGCGGUGGCCAGCUCGCUGGUCAUCAAGCGGGAGGAGCUGACGCCCACGAUCACGGCCAAGGCGAUGAGCGGCCGCCGGCGGGACUUCAACUUCAUAGCGGACGUGGUGGCUGGCUGCGCGGACUCCGUGGUCUACAUAGAGAUCAAGGACACGCGGCACUUCGACUACUUCAGCGGCCAGCCCAUCACGGCCUCCAACGGCUCUGGCUUCAUCAUCGAGCAGAACGGCCUGAUCCUCACGAACGCCCACGUGGUAAUCAACAAGCCGCACACGAUGGUCCAGGUGCGACUCUCCGACGGCAGGACCUUCCCCGCCACCAUCGAGGACGUGGACCAGACCUCCGACCUGGCGACCCUCCGAAUCCAGGUGAGCAACCUGUCGGUGAUGCGCCUGGGCAAGAGCAGCACGCUGCGCUCCGGCGAGUGGGUGGUGGCCCUGGGCAGCCCGCUGGCCCUAAGUAACACGGUCACGGCCGGAGUAAUAAGUUCCACGCAGCGAGCGUCGCAGGAACUCGGCCUGCGGAAUCGGGACAUCAACUACUUGCAGACGGACGCGGCCAUCACGUUCGGCAACUCCGGGGGGCCGCUGGUCAACCUGGAUGGCGAGGCCAUUGGCGUGAACUCGAUGAAGGUGACGGCCGGCAUCAGCUUCGCCAUUCCCAUCGACUAUGUGAAGGUGUUCCUGGAGCGGGCGGCCGAGCGCCGGAAGAAGGGCGCCGCCUACAAGACCGGCUAUCCGGUGAAGCGCUACAUGGGCAUAACCAUGCUGACCCUGACGCCGGACAUCCUGUUCGAGCUGAAGUCGCGGAGUCAGAACAUGCCCAGCAACCUCACCCACGGGGUGCUGGUGUGGAAGGUGAUUGUGGGCUCCCCGGCGCACAGUGGCGGCCUCCAGCCCGGCGACAUCGUGACCCACAUAAACAAGAAGGAGAUCAAGAACUCCUCAGACGUCUACGACGCUCUGGCCGACAACAGCAAGCACCUGGACAUUGUGAUCCUGCGCGGGGUGAAGCAAAUGCACGUAACCAUCACUCCGGAGGAUCCCUAAUGAAGGCUGAAUCCUAGCACCCACCUGCCCCCACUGUCCCCGCUCCCACUCCCACGCCCUCCUCCCCAUCUCCCCUGUUGUUCUAGACCAAUGACGAGAUUGUGUUCCUUUGUUUUGAAAUACAUAUAUUUGUAGAAGAAACUAAUGCCGGAGCCCGCUCGGUCCUGCCUAUAUUUGUCGCUGGCUAACGAGCUGGGCCAUUUGCAUAGAUCGCUGUGAACGGACUCGCUAUCGGAGCGGGCCUGGACCUGGUGCCCAUAAUAAAUGUAUCUCUUACCGGCCGCGUCCAUUUCCGAGCCCGAACAUCAUCGAUUUCUCUUUCGCGGCCUCUCCAUGUGCGUGCCGGCGAUCCCAUCCGACGACGACAAAAAUGUAUUUACGCUAAUUGAAAUAUCUUGCGUUGCGAUCAAUCGAUGCCAUAUUUUUUAUAGGCCAACCUCGGCUGCAGCUCCUCGACGGCGUCUUCGAAAACGAAAUGCAAAUUUCAAUAAAUUUAUGCAACUGUA